UACGGGAAGGCUGCGUCUGUCGAUGCCUUUGCGCGCUCCCGACACGAGCGUUCGGAAUUCAAAUCCGCCGUCGCGUUCGAAUUCGAAUACUUUUAAAUUUGAAAAAGGAAUGCAGGUUCUUUUUGUGCCAUUCUAAAUUACUUUUCUGUGGAUUGGUUUUUAAAGUACUUGUGUUGUGUGAGUGAGUCGAAUAGUGAAUUGAAAAGGAAAAUCGUGUUAUUCAGUUGAUUUUUUUGUGUUGUGACGUGAAGUGCUUUGGCUGAUUUUCCAGGAUUCUUCUGUCCAUCGGUUAACGCUUCGGUGCCCCAGCGUACAUUAAUCCGGAGUUUGGGUGUUCGGAGACUGAUGAGAAUAUGAAGUCGACUUAGCCUGCUAAUAUGACAACGAGGAACUUCUGACAGCAUGGCGGCGAAACUCCUUUUGAGUUUGUUAUUCGCUUCUGUGGUCCUGACAGCUGCCUCGCACAGGCACGGUCAUGAUGUUUCUACCGAAGACCCGGAGCUAAUCGAGACGCAUGACAACACCACGCACCAUGGGAAGGACCGCGGAGGCUGGUCGCAGUGGAGCGAGUGGUCCCUCUGUUCCCGGACCUGCGACGGAGGAGUCUCCCGGCAGCUGAGGACCUGCUCCUCCCCCGCUGGCUGUAGGGGGGAACCCGUGCGGUACAAGAUUUGUAACAUGCAGCCAUGCCGUGGCAACAUAUCCCUCCUUGAAGAAGACAUCUGGCGAGAACAGCAGUGCAGCGCCCACGAUAGUACCCCGUAUGGUGGAGAGCUGUUCCAUUGGACAGCUCAUAGAGAUGAUGCUGAACCCUGCGCGUUGACUUGCAGAGGCACUCCUCAGCAUUCUGGUCAGAGUAUUGAGCCGACGGUGUCACUGGACGAAGAAGACCGAGUGGUGGUGGCUGUACUAGCAGCGAGGGUGUCUGACGGCACCAGAUGCAGACCAGGCAGCCUGGACAUGUGCAUAGAUGGGCGGUGUCAGCGCGUCGGGUGCGACUUACGGGUCGGAUCGACCCGACGGGUUGACGAGUGCGGCGUCUGCGGUGGAGACGGGUCUACGUGCUCCCGCCCUCGUUACCACUGGCUGGCCACGCCGGGCUCGCUGUGCUCGGCUACCUGCGGUGGAGCAUCGGCAAUCGGCAACUUAGCCGCAUUAGAAGCUGAAUGCAGCCACUACACAUUAUACACCGCGCAAAACACCAAAGCUCCACGCAGCGACAGCAGUUGUCACAACGCGCAAUUCUGA